AUGGCGCCCUUCCACCCCACACGGCGCGAGCUCAUCCUCGUCCUCGUGCUCACCCUCCUCUUCGGCCUCCUUUUACACCUCGACGGGCCUCUCCGUCUAAGGGACUCUUCGCCUGGGUACAUCAACUUCUCAGAUGAGGGGCGGAAAGGUAGAGGAGGAGAACGGUGGCUGGAAGAUGUCGAAACUGGUGUAGAGUUCUCAAAGGCGGCCAAGAUUGCUGGGAUGGCAGAGGCGAAAGUCAAGUGGGGGGAGCAAGGGGCGCACCGGACAGAAGUGCUCGCUCAUGCGCCGGGGUGGACGAUCUUUGAUGAUAUCUAUCUGUUCAACGGGACGUGGUUCAUCGUGACUGAUAAUCCAUCAAGUAUUCCGUUAUUGCGGUUGAUGUCGAGUACGGGGAAUGAGAUUUGGAAUGAUGAAGAGUCUAUCCGUGGACGUGAACCGACAGAAAAAGAUAUGCGAAUCGUGUUUCCAUCCGAGGCCAAACGUCUCUGGGGCCACUCUGCGUCAUUGGUAUCCGGCAGCACAUUCCUCAUCAACGACCCUUCGCAAUUCUUGGACCACUACUACCAUUUCGCUGCCGAACUCCUUCUCGGCCUCUGGCGAACCUACGCCUCCCUUGACCCCACCAUCUCUGCCCAGGGCGUCACCCACCUCCCCUCACCGACAAGGAUGAUGUUUCCCCACGUCGGUGCUGGGAAAUGGAACGAUUACGCCAAGAUGAACUCGUUCCUCUCACGCGCCAUCUUUCCUUCGAUGUCGUACGAAUACCAGAACGACUUUUUGGACAGGGCCGAUACGGGGCGGGCAUUCAUCUUUGAGAGGGUAGUCUUUGCGGAUCGCGCGGCUGCGUUUAGAGGACCAGAGUUCAAGAAGACGUGGAGGACAGCGAGCGAGGCGGUGACGCUGCAGGCCAGCAAGUUUUGGUGGGCGCCCGUCAGGCGGAACCUGAUUGAAUUCGUGGGGAACGGCCAAGGCGGGGAGCUCGAGAUGGGCGAUGUCGGUCUUGGGGUUGGGGUGGAGGUGCCGGAUAUUGAAGAGGAUAUCGAGGCGCUCGAGGCGGAGGAAGGCGCGAUGGAGGAGGAGAAGGAAGAGUUGAGGGAAAAGAUUAUCAAGGAAAAGCAGGCGCAGGCGGGGACGCCGGUGAUUACCUAUGUCAGCAGACAGGACUGGGGCCGGAGAAUGUUGUUGAAGGAAAGCCACGAGAGUCUUGUGCACGAGCUGGGCGAGCUGGAGAAAAAGUAUGGAUGGGAGGUCAACAUCGUGUCGAUGGACAAGCUAUCGCGAGACGAGCAGAUCCGGCUUUCGGCGCGCACGACAAUCAUGAUGGGUGUGCACGGCAACGGUCUGACCCACCUGCUAUGGAUGAACAACCAGAACCCGCGGGCGACGAUCAUCGAGUUCUUCUACCCUGGUGGCUUUGCCGAGGACUAUGAGUUUACUUCUCGAGCGCUGGGCAUGACACACUACGGGGUGUGGGACGAUCAAACGUUUACCGCGCCUGAUACGCCUCAGGUGGCGUAUCCCGAGGGCUUCCAGGGGAACGAGAUCCCUCUGAACGGCAAGGUGGUGGCAGAUCUUCUUGUGCAGAGACUGCUAGUCGAGCGUCCCACUCGUUCCUUGGAAGAGGAGGAUGUCGCCCAAUAG